UUGGCAUCGCAGUUUCCCCGGUUUCCCCUCUAGAUACAAACUCACUGGGUCGAAAGAGGCAAAGAGGCGAAGCAGUCCAAAGCAGUCGACGUUGCGGUGCUCGGUUAUACAAAAUGGCAUUAUAUGGAAGAGGAAUUUUACGAAUUGCACGCCCUUCGUUGCUGUACUCGACUACGAGGCCAGCAAAAACAUCAACUCUGCCGGAUCCUCUGGAACUUGCCACAGGCUUAGAGAAGUAUGAGCUGCUUCAGAAGAUGGCUGGUAAUGAUGACCCAUUUGAUAUGAAUGUGAUCAAACGGGGACCAAGCACUAAGGAUUGCCCAACUUUGGUACCUAGUGCAUUCGAUAGUCGUCUGGUUGGUUGUAUUUGCGAAGAAGAAGCCACUUCUAUAAAUUGGAUGUGGUUGCACCAAGGCUCUCCUCGACGCUGCGAAUGCGGCUUCUGGUUUAAACUUGUUCCAAAACGUCUUGACUAAUCUUCUUCGAUAAUAAAUUAGUCAGUUCCAGCGUUUACUUAGUGUUAAACAUUGCCUAGCAAAUGCUCAAAGGCACAUCACUGUUAUCUUAUCGAGCUCAAAAUUUAUUUAAUUCCUGGUUGAGGGAAUUCUUUGAUUGCAGGUGCAACAUCUUUCAUAGAAAUAAAUAUCUUCAAUAAAAGGAUUCAUUCCUAUGUGCAUACAAUUACCUCGUAAAUAAAGUUUAAAAAUCAUCAAA